AUGGCAACCAACGAGCAAUCCACCCCUAAGGCCAAAGUCACCAAGUCGACCACGGGUAGAGUUGUGAAGCGAAUCCCCGUGAAGACGUCCUCUGCCAAGACUACCCCCGGCUAUGUUCCUGACAAGGACCUAGUGUUCUUGUGGAAGUGUAUCAAGAUGUCUACCGGAGUGAAAAUUGAUUGGGCCGCCGUCGCCGACGAUGCCGGAAAGUCAGUCAACACCAUUCAGAAGCAGUACUCCCGACUGAACAUCAAGUUGGAGAAGUAUGUUGCUACCAUGCGGCCCGGUGUUGCGUCUGAAACCGAGGAUGACACUAACGACAAGGCUGUCCAGGCCUUCAACCCCGAGUCUGACUAG